AUGGGUGGAAGAAUAUACGGGUUCCUGGCCGGUGCUCUGUUUACCUCGUCCCUUACAUAUCUUGCACGAGAACAAUUCCAGUCUGACCAAGUUCGGAUUUCAACAAGGCUGCGCUCCUAUCAAAAACUCAUAAACGAAGGUGACCAACUGAAACUCACGGACAAUAAACUAGAAUACCAGACAAGACCAUGGAAAGAGGCAUUCAAAGACUUGUGGAACGAGGAGGUCAUUAAAACAGUCAACAGAAUUUACAGCAUUAGAUGGUACGAGGAUGCUAAGUAUCUGGUGGAUAAAGUUGAGGGUAAAUAG